AUGGCACAACCACAGCAGCCACCAUCCCAGACGUCGCAGGCACAGACGUCGCAUCCAAUGCUCAUCAAUCUCCCGGGGCCACCGUCCAAUCCUGACACCCCGUCGGAGAUGCCCGGCACUCCAACGAGCACCACGACUUCUCUCUCGGGCCUGUCCACCACAGCUAUUAAGGACGGUCAUCGUGGCGCUUUGCACCGUGGAGGGCAUCAGCACAGCUCCUCCACAAACACUCUUGAAGCCGAACGCGCCGACCGAAUCAGCCGCCUUGCGGGCCUGUCCACCGUCUCAACACUCCGUGGUCUGCCUCCGGGGCCCGCCCAGCACAAUGCCAACCCCCAUCAAACAACCCUAGCAUCGACUGGUCUUCCACCCAAUACCACAGCCGCUGCCGUAGCCGGCGGGCUCACCCCAGCCUACUUCGACGCUGCCGGGCAGCCAGUGGCGGCCACCAAGGUGAGCACCGUCGGCUCGGCAAGCGAAACCGAAAGCCUCGGCGGGAACACAUCGACCACAACAGAGGGCGGCGGUGACGGCUCCACGCUCGGCGAGGAUCGCGACGAGGACAUGCUCGCCGAGCUGGAUUCGGCCAGCGCGAGCGGCUACAUGGGAGCCUCAGACGCCAUGGACGAAGACCUGGACAACCUCGCGUCGCGAAGCGUUGGCGGGUUCGAGGACCGCAUGUCGGACGACGGCAGCGCCAGCCUGGUCGGCUUCGGCGAGGGCGCCGGCAGCACGCUCUCGGGCCCCAUCUACCACCGCCGGCCCCUUCCCUCGCAACAAGGUAGCGCUGCUGCUGGAACCGGAGGGGCAGCGGCGACGCUUUGGGGCCUGGAGCGGAGCAGCUCGGGGCUCAGUGGCGAGGGCGCAACCUCUUCCCCGAACCCGCCCCACAGCGGCGCAACCGGGCGGCGAGACUUUGCGACACAUGCCGCGGAGCGUGAGGCGGGCGCCGAGACCCCCGUCAGUCAGUCGGCGGUGUGCGAGAGGCGGGAGGCGCGCAUGGUGGACGGCGUAGCGUUCGAGACUGGUGGGUUACCGACAGCAGAAGCAGGAGCACCCGAGGGCCGCAUCUUCGUCGACACAACGACGCGCGGCCCCGUGCCCGUC